CGUGUUUGAGUCCCGCCUCCUGCUGUUGUAGCCUUGAGCGAGGGUACAACAUUGAUCGAGUGCCACUGGAGUCCGGAGUUCCUCUGAAAAGCACAGGGGGUAAGGAUGGCUACCGCCCGGAUGGGAGCAUUCUGAUCGUUUGCUUCACGGGUGUUUAUGACGAUGACGCAAAGAAACAAAGCGGAUAGGAUCACGGGCUAUGACCUGUGACCUCCCACAAGCUGCACCCAACUGAGGCCAACGGAGGAGAAGCAGCUCUGAGCCGGAGGGCAAGAGGAAAAGAGACACGAGCGCUGAGAGGAACGAGAGACCAGUGGGGCGCCCUCUGUUGGAGACCCCAAAACAGCCCCCAGAAAGUAGAGUGCCGAUUACCGAACCGCAGGAGGGGGUCUUGAGGAAAGUGUCCUGUGCAGCCCUUCCCCUUGGGCACACUGGGUGCGGGUGUUCUUCAACAGCGCCCAACGCCAGCUCGGAACCAGCUGCCUUUAUAGCCGUGUUCCUCUGUGUCUCGGUGGGGGGUGUCCUGUGCGCUGGGACCAUAAGAGUGACUUUUAACAUGUGAUCAGUGUCCCGCAGCCAUGUGAAGAGAACAUCAACAGUGGCACAGUGCCUGUGGUGCGGUCAUAACGCAUCACCGAAGCUGUACGCUUAUUUGUGCACGUGCGUCAUUUCACACAUUUGGUAACACAGCGACCCCUCGACAUUUGAAUGUGACGGUGCUGAAUUGAGCAAAACCUCAACGUAUGCCACGCGCACUCAGCGUCAGCCUGUCUUUGGGCUCCUGCGCCCCUGUGGCACUUAUUCUGUUGUCAUAGCAACAGGAAGCUUCGACAACAGGAAGUGAUGUUGCGUUUUAGUAUGACAGGAAACAGGACGGUCCUGUGGUUGACAGCACGCCUCGCACAGUCACUGUCGCUAAGAACAGAUGGCAUAAACAAACACCUGCACGGUUGCCAAGUCAAACGGUCGCGGUAGAGGUAGAGGUGGCAUCAUGAGCAGAGGGUCUCGAGUGUUGGGAGCAGACGCUGUGAGGGACACGGCAGUCAGCACAGGGGGGACGGUCGCAUCGCCGGGGUCCUGCUGCGUUCUUCACCGGUGACCGGCACUCUGUGUGUACGCGUGUGUGUGCAUGUGCGCUCACAUUAGAUACUUUUUCUUCUGCUUUUCCAUUCCAAAGAAAGCGACUCUGCAACUUCCUGUGCUAGAACAAAGGGCGUCACUUUGCUCAGAGCUUCAGAUUGAAGCUCCUGCUGAGCGACAGGGACGUCCCGCACAGCUGGGCCACAUCUGGAGCUCAGGGUGGGCUCUCGCUUCUUGUGGCGGUGCUCCUUUCGCUCCUACGGGUCACCUCGGUCACCUGGGUCACCUGCGUGCGUGAUGUGGUGCAGACCCCCUGUGGACUUCGCUCUUUGCGGCAGGAAGGGACCGGAGCAGGAAGUCGCAGGGUCCGGGCGCUCGGUGACAGCCUUCCUACAUUGCUAUCUAUAGACACACACGCAUGCACACACGCACAGGAACACGCGCACAUGCAGUGUGACGUGACGAGGCCUCCCAACCGCAGCGCAGCCCCAGAAUGCAGUGCGGCGCGGUAUUGCGCCACACCUUCUGCACAGCACCGGCGCCACUGCUCUGCGCUCACACACCAUGGCGGAACUCGAGGGCCUGGAGUUCGGCAAGUCGGACUUCGUGCUCCUGGACGAGGUCACCAUGGAGCAGUUCAUGGAGAACCUCAAGCUGAGGUUUGAGAAAGGACGCAUCUACACAUUCAUCGGUGAGGUGGUGGUGUCCGUCAACCCCUACAGGGAGAUGGACAUCUACGGGAAGGAGGUUGUGGAGGCGUACAGGGGUCGCGAGCUCUAUGAGAACCCGCCGCACCUCUUCUCGGUGGCUGAUGCCGCCUACAAGACCAUGAAGAGACGGGCUAAAGACACGUGCAUUGUCAUCUCAGGUGAAAGUGGCGCUGGGAAGACUGAGGCCAGUAAAUACAUCAUGCAAUACAUCGCUGCCAUCACAAACCCCAGCCAGCGGGCUGAGGUGGAAAGUGUGAAGAAUGUCCUUCUCAAGUCCAACUGUGUGCUGGAGGCCUUUGGCAACGCCAAGACGAACCGCAACAACAACUCAAGCCGCUUCGGCAAGUACAUGGACAUCAACUUCAACUUCAACGGGGACCCCACCGGAGGUCACAUCAACAACUACCUGCUGGAGAAGUCGAGAGUCGUGCAGCAGCAGGGAGGAGAGAGGAACUUCCACUCUUUUUAUCAGCUGCUCAGAGGAGGCUCUGAAGAGAUGCUGCAGUCCCUUUUCCUGCAGAGAGACCCCUCCUUCUACAUCUACACCCGAGAGGGAGCGUCUUCCAGCACCUCCAGUGAGGACCGAUCGGCCCACAAGGCUGUGCUCACUGCCCUCAAGGUGAUCGGCUUCAGGGCCCAAGAGAUCGACAGCAUCUACAUGAUCCUGGGUGCCAUUCUACACCUGGGGAACCUGGAGUUCGCGACUGAUGGAGAGAGUGUGCGGGUGACUGCGCCUCAGGCUGUGGAGAACAUCGCCAUUCUGACCAGCACCACGGCUGCUGAUGUGAGCAAAGCUUUGCUGUUCCGCACAGUGGCCACUGGGGGCGGUGAGGUCAUUGACAAGGGCCACAGCGAGCAGGAGGCGAACUACGGCAGAGACGCCUUUAGCAAGGCCCUGUACGAGCGCCUCUUCAGCUGGAUUGUGAGCCGCAUCAACGCUGUGAUCGAGGUGAAGGACUACAACCCGGUGCUUCAUGGGAAGAACACUGUCAUCGGCGUGCUGGACAUCUAUGGGUUCGAGAUCUUCGACAACAACAGCUUCGAACAGUUCUGCAUCAACUACUGCAACGAGAAGCUCCACCAGCUCUUCAUUGAGCUCAUUCUCCGGCAGGAGCAGGAGGAGUACGACAGGGAGGGCAUCCCCUGGCAGCACAUUGACUACUGUAACAACCAGAUCAUCGUGGACCUGGUGGAGCAGCCCCACAGGGGUAUCAUUUCCAUCUUGGAUGAGGCGUGUCUGGGAGUCGGCAAGGUGACUGACGUCAUGUGCUUGGAGAGCAUGGACUCCAAGCUCGGCCAGCACCCCCACUACACAUCCCGCAAGCUGAGCCCCACAGACAAGAGCCUGGAGUUCCAGCGACACUUCCGCAUCCGGCACUACGCUGGAGAUGUCACGUACUCAGUGGAAGGAUUUCUGGAAAAGAACAAAGAUCCCCUUUUCCAAGACUUCAAGCGUCUCAUGUUUAACAGCACCAACCCUGUGCUGAGUGAGAUGUGGCCGGAGGGUCGACUGGACAUCACCGAGGUCACCAAGCGUCCCCUCACUGCGGCCACCCUCUUCAAGAAUUCCAUUGUCGCCCUAGUGGACAAACUAGCCUGCAAGGACCCCUACUAUGUGCGCUGCAUCAAGCCUAAUGAGGUGAAGUCUCCAAUGUUGUUUGAUGAUGCGCGAUGCCGCCACCAGGUGGCGUACCUCGGCUUGCUGGAGAACGUAAGGGUGCGGAGGGCGGGCUUCGCCUACCGCCAGCCCUACAACCGCUUCCUGCAAAGGUACAAGAUGACCUGCGAGUACACCUGGCCCAACCACCUCAUGGAGUCGGACCGCGAGGCCGUGGAGGCCAUCGUCAAGCAGCACGAUUUCCAUGACGACGUCGAGUAUGGCCACACGAAGCUGUUUGUCCGCACACCGCGCUCCCUCUUCACCCUGGAGCAGGAGAGAGCGGCGCUCAUCCCCAUCCUGGUGCUCUUCCUGCAGAAGGUGUGGCGCGGCGCUCUGGCCAGGAUGCGCUGCCGCCGGAUCCGUGCCAUUUACCGCAUCAUGUCGUGCUUCCGGCGCUACAAGGUGAAGGCACACUUCUGGGAGGUGGAGCGCCGCCUCGGCGGAGUGCGCACCAUGGCCGACUAUGGCAGAAGCGUGCAGUGGCCCGCGGCACCUGCCGCCCUCGCCCACUUCCACGCCAUCACGCAGCAGCUGUACCACAGGUGGUGGGCGCGGCAGGUGGUGAAGAACAUUCCCCCUUCGGACAUGGCCGAGGUGCGGGCCAAGGUAGCGGCCCUGUCGGCCCUCCAGGGCGAGCGUCCCACCUGGGGCUGUGGGCGCGUCUGGGAGAGGGACUACCUGAGCCACGUGAGCGACUCCCCCCAGACAAGCGCCCACUUUGUCCAGGUUUCUAAGGAGCUGAAGAACAAGGACCAGUUCAGCACCAUCCUCUUCUCUGGGUUCGUGCGGAAGGUGAACAGGUUCAACAAGAGCACGGAUCGUGCUCUGUUCAUCACAGACAAGCACGUCUACAAACUGGAGCCUCGCAAACACUUCCGUGUGCUGAAGAAGAUUCCUCUGGACAACGUGACAGGUCUGAGUGUCACGAGCGGCGCUGACCAGAUGCUGGUGCUACACACGUCGUCCAAGGACGACAUCUUGGUGUGUCUGCAGAGGGGAGAGCUCUGCCCCAACCAGGACCGUGUCGGGGAAGUUCUGGGCACCCUAAGCGACCAUUUCACCAGGGUGAAGUGCACUCAUUUGCCAGUGACGGUGCAGAGAACUGCCCUCCAGCUAUAUAUGCGAGGGAAGCCCAAGAGUGUUAGAGUGGAAACGAAGGCGGGCCUGCAGAACGCCGAUUUCCGUAAGAGCCGUGUCGGCUUCACUCUGCUGCUACCGGCAAACUGAUGGCACCCUGAACUUGGUCGCUCCAGUUUCAGCUCCAGUUUCAGCUCCAGCUCCAGCUCCAACUCAAACUCUAGCAGCUCCAGCUCCAACUUCAACUUCAGCUCCAGCUUC